ACUCUCGCUCUCGCUCUCGCCCCAACUUGCAACUUCCAACUUCCAAGUCCAAUUCAGAGAAAAAAAAAAAAAAUAGAUGGAGAAGGAGAAUUCGGUUUAUUCAUCCAUCCAAAUCCCGCACCCAUUGCCUUCCGCCGACGACAGCGGCUGGACCGCCUAUUUGCUCGACGACCCCUCCGACGAAGACGCCUACAGCCUCGGAGUCGGAACCUCCUCCCUGCUCUCCGACGCCGCUUCUCACGCCGCCGCCGCACACCUCAACAUUCCCAGCAAAUUGAGUCUCAAGCCAAAGCCAAAGCCAUCUCAAUUUUUUGUUGAUACUUCUCUCGAAGAUACUGCCAGUUCCCCUCACAAUAGCCCCAAGGUUGCUGAUUUGGGUGCCAACAAUAAUUAUCGAAGAAAGAGUUCUCUGGGAAAGGGGAGGACGAUGGGAGAGAAAUUUAGUAUUAAUAAAUCAGAAGAAGAAAUCAAUUUGGAGAUGGGUGCUGCAUAUACAGACUUGAAACAAAGAGGCCUGUGCUUGGUUCCUCUGUCCAUCUUCGCCAACUACUUGCCCUGAUGUCCAUACACUAAUUAACUCUCUCUCUAUAUCAUACUCAAAAAUUAAAAUUAUACUAUUUUCCUUGUAAUUUACCACCUACACCUUGCCUUUUAUGCUCCAUCUUAUAUAUAUUUACUCUGUAUGUGUAUCUCAAAUUACUAAUUUACUAAUUUCAUAAUAAAC